AACAAGCAAUAAAAAGAAACAACAACAAUAAAAACAAUUAAAAAAACAACACAAAACAACCAGUCCACUACUAUCUCUGUAAGAGGCAAGUAUACCAGUGUCUCCAGAGUACUGAUGUAUAUCGCAUGUCACUAUAUGCAGUGUUAGUCAACAAUAAAACAAUGGUUUUCCGAGCUAUUCAAGCGACAGAUAAAUUUAUACAUCAGGUUUCUUAAAAUAGCUGAUAAAAUAAUAACUCGUAGUGACACAAACAAUUCACUGGCACUCACCCAUCUUGGCCUUUUCAGUAAUAGUCUCAAGACACUAGUGCAAUGGGAUGAAAACUGUCGGGUAUGCUGCUGUUUAGUCAGGUUUCCGUGAAAAUCAUAAUAUUGCAGUCCACAAGUCUCUUACUGUUGAUGAUGCGAAGCCGCAUCUUGUCCAUCUUGUUCAUCAAUGGUCGCACAUUGGCGGGGAAAAUGCUGGGUAAAGUGAGCCUAUACGGUGUUAGCUUUAGCUUAGCUCUAACUCCUCCGCGCUUUCCAUGCCUUUGUUUACGAUUUCGAAGCCGCCUGCAAGCGCUUCCGCCCCGCCGGGUUGAGUGCGUAGUCUCCGGUGUUUUGGAGAUUUCAGGGGUGAGUCGAAGAUUGGAGACAAAGCUGUUGGAGUGGUGUUGACCGAUAUCCAAAAGUUCUUGUGGGUGUUGGAUAUCAAGAUGAAGCUAUUCUGCACGAACAGACACAAAAUGAGCAGAAGAAUCAUUGCGAAAACUGGGGAGACGCGCCGCCAUCUUGGUUAUUGCGUCAUAUGCAGCUGUCUUUUAUUUAUUUUAUUUUAAAAAAACAUUUUUUGCUUUUUUAUGCUCAGAAAUAUGUUAUUGACACUCUUGAAAUUUAAUGUCCAUUGAUUUUCUGACAGUCUACGCUAUAUAUAUAUGUGUGUGUUUUGUGGUAUUCAAUGGCAACCGUUACGUCAUCACCAUCAAAGACACUAAACUGAUCACAAGAGAACGUUGCUUUACAGAGUUACACUAACUGGCAUUAAGUACCACAGAGAAGUUGUAAUUUGAUUUUGAGAAAUUAUCAGCCUUGAGAAGGAUUUCAGUUAUCUACUGUGUAACAUUGCAAGUUUGGUUUUGCUAUGGAGUGUACACAGAGUACUAAGAAACAAACACAGAGGAGGUGGAAGAAAACUAAGGUCCAACAGAGGAAAACGCUGAAACCUUCAUUACCUUUCUGUGAUAGUUCCAUGGAAGGCAAACUAGGGUGUCAGCAAUUGACAGCCUCUACUGAAGGUGAAUUGAACACUAUAAAGAGUGGAAAGAAAACACCGAAGGCCACAAUGACAAAACCUGAAGCACCGCUCAACAGAUGCCAUCUACAGAAUAAUCAGCGGAGGGCUGCUCUCCAGUGGAAACAGGAGAAAGCCUCCCUGCUUGAAGAAAUUGAGGAAUGCAGAACCACCUAUGAGAUUAAGCAGAAUAAUCUACUGCAACAGAAUAAUGAUCUCAAGGCCCAGCUGGAGCAACACAGUCUUGAAACUAAUCAGCUGAGGGCUGCUCAGAAGGAGGCAGAGAAACAGUGGCAGGGGGAAAGGUGUUCCCUCCAGGCAGACCUGGACAAAGCCCAGAAGUGCUAUGCUGCCCACCUAGAGCAGCAAAUGCAAGAGAAAGAGGGGUUUAUGGCUAAAAUACAAAUAGCCAUAGAGAAGGCAGAGAAUGAGCGCCUGCAGUGGACACAGGAGAAAGCCUCCCUGCUAGAAGAAAUGGAGAGCGGCAGAUCCUCCAGUGAGACUCAGCACAGUCAUCUACUCCAGGAGAAAAAUGAUCUCAUGGCAGCACUAAAGCACACUGAAGAGCAGCUUGAGUGUUGUCAGGUCCAGUGGCAAGGAGAGAAAUCCUUCUUUGUUGGUCAGUUCAACAAAUAUAGAGAGCUCUCGAUCAUCCAAACAGAUACCCUGAAGAAGGCUCGUAUGAAGUAUGAGCAGGAAAAGGCAAUGUACCUUCAGAUCAUACAGGACCUCAAGAGUACCUUGCAGAAAAAGGAGCAGGAGUGGGAGAAGACAGAGAGCUCUAUGGGGACUCUAAUUUGCCCUUAGUAUGUAAAUGACAAAAUCUUUGUCAAAGUUUUACAUCUGUUUAAUAAACGUAUUGAUCUCC